CACACAUUGAAUAUGCAAUCCACGCGGAACUACUCAUGUGCAGUGAAUGUUGAUAAUUUUAACAGUUAAUAUAUGUGAUAUACAAUAGAAAAAUGGAUUUAAUUUAUUAAAAUUUUAUAACUUAGUAAAAUAUAUACAAGUUUAUUCUUUUCGAAUAUAUGAACAACAUAUAAUAAUAAACAUAAAAAUAGUGUUCUAAUUAAAAUUAUUGUAUUUUUUGAUCAUAAAAAUUACAUUUUUCAAUAAUGAGUUUUUGUAUAUACGAAUCAGACAUUAUUAUAUGUAAUAAUGAACAAAUUGUAAUGUAUAAUAUUGAAAAUGGUACAGAAACAACUAUUUCUUUACCUAAAUUGCAAAGUGAUAAAAAAGUUGAUGUGCAUAACAACGUAAACAAAGAAACUCCUCACACGAUUACCAACGUAAUGUUCUCAUAUGAUGGAAAAUAUUUCUUUGUCCAUACAAAUCGUAAGCAACUAUGUUUGUAUGAAAGAAAAAGUCAGAAUCUUGUGUUAAAUAAAAUACUUCCUAGAGCUGCCAGCAAAGUGCAAUUUACUCCAAACAACGACAUAGUUGUUGCUGAUAAAACAGGAGAUGCUUACCUAUUUUCUAAUAAGCAGUCUGACAAUGGGGUCCUACUUCUAGGACAUUUAUCAAUGUUACUUGACGUAUUAAUUACGGAAGAUGGAAAGUACAUUAUUACAACAGAUAGAGAUGAAAAAAUUAGAGUGUCUAUGUUCCCAAAUUCAUAUAAUAUUGUAUCCUAUUGUUUAGGACAUACAAAAUUUGUAACAAACAUUAUGGAAUUACCUCAUGACAAAAAUGUUUUAAUAUCUUGUGGAGGAGAUGGAAUGUUUAUAUUAUGGGACUACAAGAUUGGAAAAGAAUUAUUAUGUAUUAAUUUUCAUAAUAAAAUAUCUAAAAGUGAUAUUGAAAAGUUUAAUGAACAACUUCAUAAUUGUAACUUAGAAGAGUUUGUUGAAGUUUUACCUGUUAAACAUUUAAAGCUUUUGGCACUUAAUACAACUUCAUCUUUAGCUAUAAUGAGUUUUUAUAAUAAUACGUUAUUAUUAGUGUACAUAAUUAAUAGCACAUCAAAAUCAAACUUUGAAGUAGUAUAUGUGCAAUCUAUAAUUGCAGAUAGCGAACCAAUAGAAUGUUAUCUGUACAAAAAUAAUCUAUGGAUAUUAAAUGAACUUGGAUUUAAAAUAUAUGAAUUUAAAAAUAACAAUUUUAUACUUACUGAUGGAACAGAUUAUAAAAUAAAUAACUUAAAUAAUUAUUGGAAAACACUAAAAAGAGAUUUUACUCAACAAGAUUUAUUUUCAAUCCUGUAUAAAAGAAAAUAUGAUAAUGUCCAAGAAUAUUUACAACGGAAAAAAACGCGUCUUACAAAUUCAAUUGAUGCAUAAUCAAUUGUAUGUAACAUUAUAGAAGGUAUAAAUGAUUUUUAUAUAGAAAAAAAUAUAAUUAUAAAAAUAACAUUAGAUUGAAAUAAAAUGUUUAAUAGAAAUUUCAUACAUAUUUUCAUUAUAAAAUACAAAUAGCAUUACAAUAAAGUAAGAUAAGUUUAUUAAUCCACACAGUAUUUAGUAAAUGAAUUGAAUUUGAAAUUUCAUGUAAUCAUUAUAUGUAUAUAAAUUAAACAGGCUUGUAAUCUAA